UCUCACAUAUAUACUCAUUGGGUUCAUUAUGAGGGAAGAUGGCGGCGGCGGCGCGCGCUGGCUCGAUGUGUCAGCGGUGGAAGCGCUUUGAUCUUCAGCAGCUGCAGAAAGACCUGGACGUCGCCGCCAACGCUCUUGCCAGCACACAGCAUGAGAACGAACAAACACGAAAGAAACUCAUCGACCAGAGCGACGAGCUCAAGAAACACACACCAGAGGAUUUACACGAACACAUCACUCCACUGUUAAAGGGCUUCCAGUCUGAGAUUGACGCUCUGUGUGAAAGGAGUAAAGAGUCGGAGGCUGCUUUCCUCAGCGUGUACAAGAGAUUAAUCGAUGUCCCAGACCCCGUGUCUGCGUUAGAGGUGGUGCAGCAGCUGCAGAUUGCAGUUAUUAAGAUGCGCGACGUGGAGGCAGAGAAUCAGAAGUUGAGAGAGAGACUGCAGGAGUACGACAGAGAGGUCGCAGAGGUCAAAGGUCACGAAGAGACAAUUAAAGCUUUGAGGGAGAAAUUGGAGUCUUACGAACACUUAAUUCAGUGCGGAACGAAAGACGAGGAUGAAGAAGAACAACGCGACGCUGACUGUGCAGGAAAAGAAAGACUCGAUGAGAAUGAAGCGGCGAUGACGGAUGUAGAGACAGCCAAUCAGGCUCUGGAGGCGGAGCUUGUGAUGAAGCAGAGAGAGGUGGAGCGUCUGAUGGAGAACGUACAGAAACUCCAGAGCAGCCUGACUGAACUCGCCAACUCAACAGCCAAUCAGAUCAGAGAAUUACAGCAGCAGCUCGACUCAAAACACGCACUGCUGCAGGAGCUUGAGGAGAAACUGGAGGCUCAGGCAGAUUAUGAGGAGAUAAAAAGGGAACUGAGGGUCCUCAGAUCCGUGGAGCUCGGUUCCUCGGAGCGUCCCGCAGAACAGGGUUCCCCGACACAGCAGGACGCGUCGCUUUCCAGGCAGGACGACAGCGGCCAGGACAGAGACUGCGUCCAAAAACAACCCACUAACAAAGACUUCACCGGUUCUGCUGAGAGUCGUCUUCCUGCCCCGCCUUCAACCACACCUCCUCAAUCCGACCACACCCACUCACAGACUCCACCCCUUUCUCAAAUCCUCCUGAAGAGCAAAGCUCCACCGGAGUCGUCCCGCUCUUUUUCUUCUGAUUUGUUCAGGCACCGCUUCAGUGCCGCUUUUCCUCCGCUCUCUGGGAAAUCCUCAGUGAACUCGUUUCUCCAGCGGACGUUUGGGCAGAACUCCUACAGCGCGGACCUGCACACGGAGGAGGACGUGGACACUGCUGAAAUCGCGCGGCAGGUGAAGGAGCAGCUGCUGAAGCACAACAUCGGGCAGCGAGUGUUCGGACACUACGUGCUUGGGUUAUCUCAGGGGUCCGUCAGCGAGAUCCUCGCUCGCCCCAAACCCUGGAACAAACUGACCGUCCGCGGGAAAGAACCGUUCCACAAGAUGAGGCACUUCCUGUCUGACGAGCAGAACAUCCUGAACCUGAGGAGCAUUCAGGGUCGACAGAGAGGUAAUAUCACCAGUAGAGUCCGUGUUCCUGAAAGCAGCUCGGAUGAAUCCCGCAGGUCCUUUAUGGAUCAGACUAAACGGGACCUGCAGGGACACAAAAUUGAAGGUGUCCGCUCGUCUUUAUCAGUUUCCUCGGAUGACAGCCUUCCUUCCAUCCUGGACGUUCAGCAGGCGGCGCCCGGUCCCACGAUGACCUCUGACCUUUCCAAUUUGGGCUCCAAAUUACUCGGUUCCUCCAUUUCUGUGCUGCCUUACUCACCUCUGGAGGUUAACUCUGCGAAAAACAUGUCCGCCUCUCCGGUCAUGGACUCCUGGCGAGAGCAGUGGUGGAGCGCGAUACAGUGCGAACAGCGCAAAGACACACACAGUCAGGAAGACACAGAGCUGGGCAACAUGGUGUCUGAGAUUCCCUUUUCCACGCAGGAUUACUGGAAAGACCAGCCGAGCACAGAGUCUCCAUUUCCCAGAAGUUCAGAACAAAAUCUGCAGAUGUCCAACGCGAACGAGACGCCUCACAGCGGCCCAGUGCUGCCUUCCUCUUCCUCCUCUUCCUCGUCGCUGCAAACAAAGCAAAUGAAAGCCACGAUGAUGCCGCUGACGGCCGAGCAGUACGAAAGAUUCAUGUACCAGGAAGUGGAUACGGUGGAGCUCACGCAGCAGGUCAAAGAUAAACUCGCCAAGAAUGGCAUCUGCCAAAGAAUAUUUGGGGAAAAGGUUCUGGGCCUCUCUCAGGGCAGUGUGAGUGACAUGCUCUCUCGGCCGAAGCAGUGGACUAAACUGACUCAGAAAGGCAGAGAGCCGUUUAUACGAAUGCAGCUAUGGAUUGAAGGAGAACUGCAGGACCCCAUGAGGGCAGAGACUUUGGCGAGUGUUAGCCCCGCCCCAGAGUCUCCUGAAAGCUCCUCUGAAGAGCUCAUUAAGCUCGUUAGAGACCAGCAGGAAGAGGCAGAGCCUGAGUCACAUGACACCGCAGCCAGCAUGCAGGAUGUGUUGGUCACGCCGCCGGAACUGGACACCUACUCCAUCAGCAAGAGGGUCAGAGAGGUGCUGAGUGAUAAUAACGUCGGUCAGCGUCUGUUUGGUGAGGCUGUUUUGGGUCUGACUCAGGGUUCCGUGUCUGAUCUUUUGGCUCGGCCCAAACCGUGGCACAGACUCAGUGUGAAAGGCCGCGAGCCGUUUGUGCGAAUGCAGCGAUGGCUGAACGACACGAACAACAUCCACAAACUGAGAGAAAUCAAACACACUGAGAAAAAAGUGUACCUGAAGAGGCGUGUGAGCUCAGUGUGUGAGGACGCUGUGCUGGACAGCGGUGUGUGUGUGGGAGAGUUAGGACAGGAGUAUGUUCCUCAGCUGAAGAAGUCUCGGGUGGUCCUCACUGCGCGGGAGAAAGAGGCUCUGAGGAAAGCGUACGAGGAGAAGCCGUAUCCUUCGCCAGGAACCAUCGAGGAACUCUCACAGCAGCUCGGACUCAAAGCCAGCACCGUCACCAACUGGUUCCACAACUACAGGUCUCGUAUUCGGCGCGGGGUCUUCAUGGAAGCGGCUACAGUGAAAUCAGACGGCGUCUCCGAGGAACAGAUGAGUGGAACGCAGGAAAGCGGCGAGCUCCCGGAAUCCACGUUUAACUUCUCAGAGUCCUCGGCCUCGCCCGGAAUCCUGAGAGACAGCAGCCUGCGCAGGCGGAAAGCCGCCAACCUGAACAGCAUCAUCCACCGCCUGGAGAAAGCGGCCAAUCGGGACGAGGCUCACGACGGAGGCGACGCGUGCGAGAGUCAGGACGCGAGCGUGGAGUGUGUGAACGCAUCCUCAUCAGGGUAACGUCGGUGUGGAUCACUAACCGGAGGCGGAGUCUCAGACAGAGCAUUGUCAGUCAAACAGCUCAUUAGCAUAUCGUGCCACGCCCACCAGGGCAGUCUCAGAUCAGUGUGAUCAGCUCUUAUGUGAGUGUUUUAUCUCGUUUAUAUGUUAUUUAAAAUUUGCUGGAUGUUUAACAGACACUAUUUUAGAAUAUUUGACACUAUUUUCCGAUGACGAGCGUCAAGCGCUGUGUGUUCAGAACACCUGUGUUAAAUGAAAUAUAAGGAGGAAGAAAGGAGGAAAAUGGUGGAGUAGUGAGCUGAUAACAGAUGAAAAUAAAAAUCAGCUCUCAGCAGUGCGCUCGGAGGACAUGGGUUCUCCAUGGCAUGAGGAGAAAACAAAGAAAAUAUUUUAUUAUUAUUGUUAUUAUUAUUAUUAUAGGGCACUUAAUGCUCUGCUGCGGCCCAACGGUGCAAAAAUAAACCCCAAAACAAUUAAAAACCCUUCAGCAAUAAAGGCAGCAACUGUUAGUUGAGGAAGCAGAAGCUCUCUGCUGUCGGCUCUAUGCAACUCUGUUUUGGACCUUUUUAUGCCAGAAAGUUAGACUUAUUCAUCUAAAAAACUCAUGUCUUAAGUAUGUGGUUGGUGUUCAUUUUGAGCCCAGUGCCCUACUCCCUAAUCCCUACAAACACCCCACUGCAUCAUGGGUAUUCACAACCACACACCUUAUUCUCAAUAUAAGCCACAUAACACCAUCAUCAGCCCUCAGUGGGCGUGUCCCAAAUCAUCUCCAACGGAGAGAAAGACGUUUUGUGAGAAAUACGAUUUUAUGAUAUUAAAAAAAAAAACAAACAAAAAAAACCUUUUAGUAAGUAAAACACUUUAGAAUCAAGCGCCUUCAGUGGAUUAGUGAAACAAAACACAGCCGUGAAACAACACUUUAACCCUCAGGUCCUUCGCAUUAACGUUCACUUCAGAUACGAACCGCACUUUAUGACGUGUUUUAUCAUUUCUUCACGCAGCACGAGCAGGAAACACUCGCACGGGUGGAACGUUCGUGUUUAAUCUGCUUUAUAAUCACAUACACCUAAAGCACAGCUUUUAAAACUAAACAAAGCGCUAACCAAACCCGGCCCUUGUGCGAUUUAGUCGCUGUUUUGCACAAACAGACGCGAAACAAGCGCUAGUUUUAGCAUUUACUUUAGCAUUUAUUUUUCUCGUUCUUAAACAGUCGAGGUUGUGCGGAUAAAAUCCUGGCUCUCACGAGCACUUGAACACUGCACACGUUCACAUUAGCUUGCUGAAUAACACGCACGCUGACUCGCUCAGUGAAAUAGCCCGUAGCAUGGCGGCUGAAGGGGACAUGAAGAGGGCGAGUGAAUAAGGCUGAUUCAUUUUUCACUUUGUUUUAUACAAGUCUAACGUUUUCCUUCUCCUCUCUUUAUCUUUAAUUAAUAAGAAUUAUAACAAUAGUAGCAGACUUUUUAUGAGUUGAUGUAGCGGUAGUAAUUUAUAAAGGUAUUUUAUAAAUAUUAAAGUCUUAUGGAAUAGUUUAUAUAUAUUGGAAGGGCGGAUAAAUGACCAGCUUCCGUGCUGUCAGAUGAACAAACUGCCGGCAGUUCAUUCGAACGUCAAAACAUUAGAAAUGUUACUUUUUAAUAUGUACUAAUUAACUUUACACCUUAAUUGUUCUGUUAAUACUCCUCUGUGCACUAAUCAUACAGGCAUUGUAAUGCAUUAUAACGCUUUGAAAUGAUGACUUGUAAAGCAUUUAAAAUCCCUCAUCGCUGAUGAUUCUGAUGAUCUGAUCAUUUCGCAGUGAGACCAGUCACAUCACGGUACACCAGGAGUUCCCAAACUUUUUUGGGAAAAACGACCCCAAAUCUGUCUCUCUUCAAACUUUACACCGUCGUCGUGACCGUCGUCAUGAUCUGCGUCUCCAAUCUAAACUCUGACCUUACAUUCAAACGUAUUCACUAAUGUAGGAACUGCAGAAGACUGGUACGCAAAACUGUAAUAAGAAUCCCGGUUUGUGUUUAAACAAAACAACAACAUUUGAACACUUUAUUCUGUGAGUUAAAUGACACGUUACUUAUUUUACGCUCAGUUUAUUUUAGUUUAAUCUUCAUUUCAUCAGUUUUCUUUAACACAAAAUCCUGCAGAGUAAAUACAGUUCUCUCAUUUGUCUCAGAACAAGGUGUAAAAAUAACUUGAAUAAAUAUAAACGUAUAAAACUGAAAUGCUCAGCAGGUUUAUCCCACAGCAUCAGGAAUAAAUCUCAUCACUUCCUGCCUCAGGUUUUGAUGUUUAAAACCUUUUAUUUUAGUAAACAGAUUAAUCACUAAAACCAGCAAAGUGUUCAAAACGUUUAACUGGAUUCGUUUCUAAUCGUUAAUUACACCUCAGUGUAUGUUUAUCUGCGAACGCUGUACGUUUAACCCUCACAUAUGAUUAAUUUAUUACACUUAAUAAACUUACUGGCGUUUUUCUCAUUUUGAAUUUUUGAAUUGAAUUUUCUAUUUUUUUUCCCUCUCUUUUCAUUUGAAUGAAAGUGACUUUUAUUGGUGUCUUUUAUUUGAGUCGUUAGUGUAAAGCUCUCAUUAAAAAAUUGGUCCAAUUUUUAUAUAUACAUAUAUUUAAAAAAAAAAGAAAGAAAAAAAGAAAGAAAACGAAAUAAAAUGUCUACAGCUCUGUUAGGGAGCUUAUUUGCAUAUCAUAUACAUGUUAUUUACAUAUUAUUUACAUAUCAUUAUGUGUGAUGAUUUAUAAACCAGGCAGCCGUCGGAUUCAAGUCUCAGGUUAAACCUCCAUUUUAAAACUUUAUUAAUGCAUUUUCUGGUGUGUUUUAUAUUCUUCAUUUUACUCUCUUUUUUUUUUAAAACAUAAAAUGGAGCUGAAGUGUAAAUAAUUAAAAAAACAAAACCUCCAUUCCAUUUUUUAUAUGUAUCUAAUGUUAUUUGUAUUAUCUGUAUUUACAAAUGUAUUCCGUCUUCCAGUUUUAAUCCAGUGUGGAAACAAAUCACUGUAUCAUUACUCAUUUUUAUUCUCUUCAUUUUAUUUGUUAGUGUUGAGAUGUGAUCAUGGAAGUAAAUAUAUUUUGCAUUUUCAGUGUAUCCUCUGUCUGUGUAUGUGUGUGUGUGUGUGUGUGUGUGUGCUAUUUUAUACUUAUGAAGUCAUUUCUUCUAUUUAUUCCAAUAAUUAACACCAAUUUAGUCUGAAUAAUUCAGGUUUUUUAUUUGGAAAGUGAUGGAAAAAUAAAAAUAAAUGUUAUAAUUUCUAGUCUUCAGAGUUUUAUUUAUUUAUCCACAAUCCACUUGACGUACUUUUUUUUAAAAAUUAUUUUUAUCAUUAUUUAUUUAUCCGUGUCCACAGAUACAAGGUUAAUGAAGAUGCUGCAUUAAUCACAAUUAUUUAUCAUAAUUAAUAUAUUAUUAUUAUUAUUAUUAUUACAUGUAUAUGUCUGGAAUUGAAAUAUAUGCAGUUGUCGGAUAAUACGUUUCAUUUUUGGCUUUGUGUAGUUAUUUAAAAAUAAUAAUAGAGAUAAUAUUACAGUAAUGAUUCUUUAUUUUGUACAGUGCCUUUCUCAGACCCAAUAAACAUCACAGUACUCAUUAACAUGGCACAGAAUUUACAGAAAUAAAACUACAUUCGUCUUUCUGACCUGUGUGUGUGUGUGUGUAUGUGUGUGUGUGUGUGAGAUUACUGAGAGGAAGUGAAAAGUAAAAACUCUGUACAAAACUCAUGCUGUUUAACUUCCAUUGGUUAAGACGCUUAUGUACAUUAUUAUUAUUUAUUCUAAGAACAUCUGCCAAUAUGUGAAUUGUGUCAUUUGCAUGAAUUAUUUUAAUGCUAAUUAUACACAAUAAAAUAUUUUGAGAUUUA